AUGCCGACAGCAAUCAAGUCGCCCUUUGCAACACUCACAUCGGCCGUUUCCAAGUACAUCACUUCGCACAAAGCACGCGUGCAGGCACAGAAGCAGGCCAAGGGCACCACUUCGGGUCCCACGGGUGCUGAAGUAGACGCGCAGGUCGCAAGCACCCUCUCCAAAAAACAGGGCGCCCAAAUUGCUUCCAACGUUGAUGCUCCCUCAACAGCUCAGGUAGACGACCAAGGCCGAACGCUGGGCUUGGAAGAUCCAAACGAGCCUGCACUUCAAGACGAUCCUUUGACAGCACUUCGCGCCACCGCCCAACCCAACAUCGUCCCCACCACCCCAGUCAUCGACCCAGCACUGCUUGCAGAAGUGAGCGAAGUCACGUACGGCGCCCAAACAUCCAUUCCUGAAUUGUCGCCUCCCACCACCACUUCGACGCAAGUAGUCGAUGCAAAUCAGUACGGCUUUGUUGACCCUCGAGUCUACAGCGGCACUUCGUUCGAUCUGGUCGGCGAUGGACUACACGAACCACUCAAUGUGAUCGUCUCCUCGCUUUCCUCACCCGCAGUUCUAACCCGAAAAGGUCUGCAAUCCUACUGCCGUGCACUCGACUUUGAUCGCGAGUGUCUCGGCCUGCACGCCGGCGGUUACCAGAAGGCCUACGUCGACCUGCGCGGCUGGCGCGACCAGGAAUUUAUCUACCGCCAGGUGUAUACGCCUCUGGAUCAUGUGUUCGGGACCUGCAUCGAGUCGGUCGUAGGCGGCAACCAUAUACGCGCUUGGCAGCAACAGGCUUCUGGCGCCUGGUUUUUGGCUACCAGCAAGGAAGAGACCGCUAGCAAGAACCACAUGAUCGUGCCGAACGGUUACAAUGUUGGCCGCAAUCUGCUUGUCAAGCAGGCGCUGGGUAAAAACAAAGAUGGCAAAACGAGCUUCAUGUUUACCAGGUAUCAGACGCAGGUGGAGUUUAUCGCCGGGUUGAUGCCGCAGGGCGUGCAGGGGGUGAACCAUGAUAUUGCGGUGGACGGAUUGACGGCGGUGCUGACCGUGACGGUGCUACCAGAGACGAGCUGGUUCGGGGCGAAGCAGGUUGCGCCGGAGACGCAAGAGAGCCAUGUGGCCACGGGCAUGGUUGCAGCAGCUGCGCCUGAAGACGGACCCGUAGGUGAAGGAGAAGGCGAUGAGCAGCGGGAGAUGACGUCUCGCCGUGAGCGCCCUACUUCGCUGGUGAAGCGAUUCAGUGCUGCUCCUACUCGUCGUCGACAUAGCGAGGAACGACAGGCCAACCGAUCCGCACCGCGCGUCUGGCAGAGGUUGAAGAGGAUGUCGAUUCCUAAACACCAGCCCGUCCGCGAGACUGCCAACAGCGACCCUGCCGUAGCUACCGUCGAUUCAAGCUCCACUGUUGCAGCUCCUCCUGAUGCUGGCAAAUCUCAGCCGGGUGGGCUCGUCACAGCUGCUCCUCUCGUCGCCGCCUGA